CAGUCAUGCCGGUGGAUAUCGUUCGCGGUGGGCCUUUAGGGUUGCCCGUACAUCCCCACGUUCAACUCGUUGCGCCCGGCAGCAUCCUCCGCCAACCGCAGACAUCACAUUAUGAGUCUGGCGUUAGGGCUCACCGCGACCUACUCAUCGAGACAAUGAAAGCUGAGCGAGAACAACACCACAAGGAUGCACAACGACUCCGAGCCGAAAGAGACAGGUUGAUCCAAGAUGUCGCCGACUUGGAAGCAACUUGCGACUACUGGAUCAAGAUGUGGUCGGAGUGCCAGGAGAGAUUCGACGCCGCCGAAGUUGAGCGGCUACGUUGGGUGCGCCGCGAAGAGGUCUACCGCACAUUGUCUCAAAAUAGCGAUGGCUCUCAUGCCCAAACAUCCAGCGACAUUGCAGACGCAAAACGGCACGGGUCGUCGUUCUACAGUGAAAGUGUAUAUUCCGAGUGGCAGGGUUGAUACUUCAUGGCUCUAAUGCGUGUUUUAUUUGUUUCCUAUAUAAUCAAAUACCGAAAACGCAAGUGAAGACGAUUGUCCAGCAAGAUACAAAACUGUAAUGUACGAGUUUUUCAACAAAUUAUCACACG